AUGAUCAACUUCUCCCGACUAAAACAAUUCAACACAAAACACCAGCUCGCACUGAUCUACCCCGACACAUGGAACUCCGAGGGCAAAUCAGCCGUCUCCGCGAGGCGAUUCCGCAUCAUGAACAAGAUCAGAACCGAAUACCCGCACAUCAACCUGCACCCCUCCCCCGUGCUGCAGCUCCCAAACGGUGAUGCCACCUGGGGAGCUUCCAUCACAAAGUUCCACGCCUUCUCCCUGGUCGACUACACUCGCGUAUUGGCAUUUGAUUCAGACACGCUAGUGCUGAACAACAUGGACCACUACUUCGAGGCGCCGAGGGCGGUUCUUGCCGUGCCGAGGGCGUAUUGGUUGGGGGAUCUGAGGAAUACUUCUCUCUCCAUCAACGAGCAGAUUCUGGGAUCGCAUGUCAUGUUGUUGGAGCCGAACACCAGGCGCCAUGACAGGAUCGUCAAGGACGCCAUGGACUCGGGUGAGUUUGACAUGGAGGUGGUGAACAGGCUGUUUAAGGGCUCGGCGAUGAUCCUGCCGCACCGGGGACUGGCGUUGCUGACGGGGGAGUUCAGAUCAAAGGACCAUUCGAGGUACCUGGUUGGGGAAGGGGAGGAUGGGGAGGAUGGGGAGCAGUGGGACGCGGUUGCGGAGGUCAAAAGAAGCUUUCUGGUCCAUUUUAGCGACUGGCCGUUGCCGAAGCCCUGGAUGUUCCAUACUGAUCGGCAGUGGAGGGAGGCGCUGCCGAGCUGUGAGGAGGCGGAGGAGGAGGAGGAGAGGAGGAGAAAAAGAAGGGGAAGGGGGGAGGACGACUGCCCUGACAAGCUGGUCUGGAGGGGGUUCUAUGAGGAGUAUGACCGGGAGAGGAGGGCAAAGUGCGGGUUCAUUGAUGAGUGA